CAAAUAUUACAACAUAAUAAAAACUCAACAAAUUAGUCCAUGAGACAAGAACCCAUCUGAAUCGUGCAGCAAAAAGUGGUACCCCCAUUCCCAAAGUCCACUCUCUCAAUCCAGUUUGGUUCAUAGAAGAAAUAGAAAUGGACAAGUCGAAGAUCGGGAAGAGAUUUCAAGGUAAGGUAGCUAUUGUUACUGCUUCAACUCAGGGCAUCGGUUUCGCUAUAGCCCAAAGGCUUGGCCUCGAGGGAGCAACUGUCGUCAUCUCUUCUCGCAGACAGAAAAAUGUUGAUGAAGCUGCUGAGAAGCUCAGAGCUCAAGGAAUUGAAGUAUUAGCUCUUGUUUGCCACGUCUCAAAUGCACAACAGAGGAAGAAUUUGAUAGACAAAACCGUAGAGAAAUAUGGAAAGAUAGAUGUUAUUGUGUCCAAUGCUGCUACAAAUCCCUCAGUUGAUAACUUAUUGCAUACCGAAGACUCCGUCCUUGACAAGCAGUGGGAAGUAAAUGUCAAAGCCUCCAUAAUUCUUCUGAAGGAUGCCGCUCCUUACUUGCAGACGGGUUCUUCUGUUGUUCUUAUUUCCUCUAUAGCUGGCUAUAACCCACCAGUUUCAAUGGCCAUGUAUGGAGUGACCAAAACGGCCCUUCUUGGACUUACAAAAGCUCUGGCAGCUGAAUUGGCCCCAAAUACUCGUGUUAACUGUGUUGCUCCUGGUUUUGUGCCAACUCAUUUUGCUUCCUCUCUUACCAAUAAUGAAGUCGUUAGGAACAAGCUUGAAGAAGAGACAUUGCUGAAAAGGCUUGGCACGACAGAAGACAUGGCUGCCGCUGCCGCCUUUUUGGCAUCAGACGACGCAUCUUAUAUAACUGGAGAAACUCUGGUGGUUGCUGGAGGAACUCCCUCCAGGCUUUAGUUUCCUUUUGCUGUCAUGAUGUGCUUCUGUGGUUUGGUUAGUAUAAACCUGGUCUCAUGCUUUUUUUUUUUUUUUAAUGGUUACAGAAAAAAAAUAAUAAUAAAUGCUUUUAGUUAAAACAUUCUGUUAGUUACCCUCGUUCUGUUGGAACUAUAAAGUAGCACGAGCACCUCAGGCGGUCUAUGGUAUGGUAUAAGAUGCUAUUAAUUUAUAAUGUGGAAUUCAUUGUCCAAGCAACUUAAA